UUUUGUUACCGUUUAAUGGCCGGGGGAGGGGGAGGAGGGUCGAGAGACCUUAACGUCACGCCGACAUGGGCGGUGGCGGUUGUCAGUGCGGUCAUCAUCCUCAUCUCCUUCUUUCUCGAGAAGAUUCUCCAUCGACUUGGACAGUGGUUCAGAGAUAAGCACAAGAAGGCUCUGUAUGAUGCUCUGGAGAAGAUUAAGUCAGAGUUGAUGGUUCUUGGCUUUAUCUCCUUGUUGCUGACAUUUGGACAAAGCUACAUUGCAAAAAUCUGCAUACCUGUGGGUUUGGCAAAUACCAUGCUUCCAUGCCAUCGUGAUGAUGGUGAUGGGGAGAAACAGAGCAGGAGGAGGCUUUUAUGGAAUUAUAUUGGAGAUUCAGCUCCUGCUCGCAGGUCCCUUGCUGAAUCUACUGUUACAUCAUGCCCCACUCAAGAGAAAUUAUUACAUCUGGUGUUUGGAAGUCUGGACAAUGCGAUGAUCCGGCCAUGCAAAAUGCAUGAUCCGUCAAGAUUCAGAUUGGUCCGUGAGACAUCCUUUGUGAAAGAACACACAACUUUGUGGGACAUGCAUCCUGUUCUGCUUUAUUUUGUUUGUUUCUUCCACCAAUUUUUCAGAUCUGUUCGAAAAGCAGAUUACCUUACUCUCCGUCAUGGUUUCAUAAAUGUCCAUUUGGCUUCUGGAAGCAAAUUUAAUUUCCAAAAAUAUAUAAAAAGGUCACUGGAAGACGACUUCAAGGUAGUAGUUGUAAUCAGACCUCUUCUGUGGGCAUCUGCGGUUGUUUUUUUACUGCUUAAUGUUCACGGAUGGAAGGAACUAUUCUGGGUGUCACUACUUCCCCCAAUUAUUCUCUUGGCUAUUGGGACGAAUCUGCAGGCGAUAAUUGCGAAAAUGGCGAUAGAAAUUAAAGAAAAACAUGCUGUUGUUCAAGGAGUUCCUUUGGUUCAGCUAAGUGAUAAUCAUUUUUGGUUCAAGAAUCCUGGUCUUGUUCUUUCUUUAAUACAUUUCACAUUGUUUAUGAAUGCAUUUCAGUUGACCUAUUUCUUCUGGAUAUGGUAUGACUUCGGCUUGAGAUCUUGCUUCCACCAAAAUUUUGGGUUUAUCAUCGGACGAGUCUUUCUCGGGGGGGUGGUCCAAUUUAUGUGCAGCUACAUCACUCUCCCUCUUUAUGCGCUUGUAUCUCAGAUGGGAUCACACAUGAAGAGAUCCAUUUUCGACGCGCAAACGAACAAAGCUUUGAAAAAAUGGCAUCAAGCCGUAAGAAAGCGGCACAAGAAGGGAUCGCCGUUCCGUUCCCCCACCCUAAGUCCAAGCUCAACUCCAAUGACGAGCCCCAGCUCAUCAUCGAUUCACCUGCAUCGCUUCGCCGACUCAAGAUACUACUCUGACAGUGAAAUCGAACGCCCGGUAGCGAUGAGAGACUCAACAAAUCUCACAAAUAGAGAUGAUUUGGAUACAAAGGUUGAUUUUUCGCAUGUCGUCAAUCUGAUGAUGCCAACCUUUAAGCACGGUGUAGCGGAAUUUAAACUAGAUGAGCUCAGUGAGAAGCUAGAGGAAGAGCAGAGAGACGAAGACUUCUCUUUUCAUAAGCCCUCAACAGAUUCUAAAGAUAAGUCACAUGACCAUCCUUAAAUCUAUAUCUGUUUCAUAAAAAAAACUAAAAAAAAAAAAACUGCUAGAAUUUAGGGAUACAAAAGCAAAUAUGUGUGCAAGGUCCAACUACAUCUUACAAGUUAAUAGUUAUAUCAUUGAGUUGUAAUGGAUGCAUGCACUCAGUGCAAAUUGUAUUAUUAUUUGCAAUUUUCUGAAUUUAUCUUGUUUUCAAUUUGUUUUUGAAAGCAGAAUAGUU